CUACACAUUCUUCACCCAAAAAAUGGCCACAAGUUUCUCACUGUUUAACUUUGUUGUUCAAGAUGGCAAUGGAGUCAAAGGCAUGGUGGACAUAUUAGGCAUUUCAGAAGUACCAGAGCAAUACAUACAACCACCAUACGAGCGUAUUGACAAGGAAAAUGCACAUUCACAUGGGCUACCACCAAUUGACUUGUCAAAGCUAGAUGGUCCUGACCAUGACCAAGUGGUGAACCAAAUAGCUGCUGCUGCUGAGACUCUUGGGUUCUUCCAAGUGGUUAACCAUGGCGUCCCGGUGGAGCUGCUCGAGUCGCUUAAGGCUGCUGCGCAUGAAUUCUUCGGUCAGCCGCCGGAGAAGAAGGCGGUUUAUCUAAAAGGGGUUAGUCCUAGCCCUUUAGUGAAGUAUGGGACUAGUUUUGUUCCUGAUAAAGAGAAAGCAUUGGAGUGGAAAGACUAUCUUAGUAUGGCCUAUACUGGUGAUGUUGAAGCUCUUCAACAUUGGCCUAACCAAUGCAAGAAUGUAGCACUCGAAUACUUGAGAUCAUCAAUCAAUAUGGUGAGGAAACUGUUACAAGCACUGUUGGAAAAGCUUGAAGUGAAACUUGAUGAUUCAGAGAUUGAUGCACUUAUUGGUUCUAAGAUGGUGAACAUGAACUUCUAUCCAGCUUGCCCUAGUCCAGACCUCACAGUCGGCGUGGGGCGCCAUUCCGACAUGGGCACGCUAACCGUGUUACUGCAAGAUGGGAUUGGUGGCUUGUAUGUGAAGGUUGAAGACAAUCUGGAAAUUCCAGACCAGUGGGUAGAGAUCCCACCUAUUCCAGGUGCUUUGGUCAUCAACAUUGGUGACACACUACAGAUAUUAAGCAAUGGAAGAUACAGAAGUGCUGAACAUAGAGUUCGUACUACAAGCAAAGAGGCUAGAGUGUCAAUUCCUAUAUUCACAAUGCCUAAACCAGCAGAGAAGAUUGCGCCGCUGCCCGAGUUGGUGAAGAGAGAUGGUACUGUGGCUCAUUACAGAGAGUUUGUGUUUCAAGAGUACAUGAACAACUUCUUUGGAAAUGCUCAUGAAGGAAAGAAGUCUCUGGAUUUUGCUGCAAUGCCUAGUACUUAAGAAGGAUCGGAUCUCCAUCAUGUCUACAUGUUUUGUAUUUCUUCUACUUCAAUUUUCCUUUUAUGCUACCUAAAGCUGUUCUGCCAAUGCAUGCUUUACCAAGACAUUGAUGUAAUAAAGAACUGUUGUAUCUUCAA